AUGUCCUCCCUACUCCGAUUGAAUGAUGUUGUGGAUCCUUGUGGAAGGAGAUCCAUCCCGAGCAUAGAUUAUCACUUCUCUUCUCAUUCUGUCUCGAACAGUUGCAAUAGUAGUGGAACGACCAAUCCUCACACAUCAUUGAAGAGUAACACUCACGACCAUCAAAGUAAUAGGAACUUGUCUUCAACAAUUGGACCAGUUCCAGCACUAUCCUCCACGGUUUUGGAUUCCAUCCGAUCCCAUUCCAACACUGUCAGGAACAACAACAACAACCAUUCAUGUAGUGCUGUUGGCAUGACGAAUGCAGUUCCUCAACAACAACAACCACUCUCAUCACUCCCUCCUCCAGAUGCAUUCAAUGUCUCUGCUCGUUCAGGUCAAACGAAGCAAGACUCUUCCCAAAUUCAAUCUUCCAAUCACAUGAGGAACCUCUACCAACAUCCAUUUAGAGAUGAAUCAUCGCCUACAACACAAGUCGUCACCGUCUGCCACCACAUACCUCAAAUAAUACAAGUGAAUGGUGGUGAGUCACAACAAUUCUCAAAGAGCUUACAAAAGGCUCCACAGAGAACAACUAUCGCCUCCAAUUCCUUAAAUCAAAACUCAAAUCAAACCUUAAUGACUUCAAUGGCUUCAACUACUUGCUCCCCCACUACAAAUACCACUACAGUUCAUGAAGUCCAUUCAAAUCCAUCCUCCUCAUCAUUGUCCUCAUUGAAUUCAACAAGAACAACUACCAUUCAGCACCCGAAUACCAGAAACAACAAGUCCAUGGUCCACUCUCGAUCUGUUGUCAUCCAAACACCUCAUCCACCUCUUACUUCCAAAAAGAAGGCCACAAACAGCAACUUUGGACCCCCAUACCCCUUACGAAGAAGAUCCUCUCAUUCACAACAAGUGUUUGUGAGAUCCAAGCACUCGAUUCAAUCGAGUCGACAUUCCGAUUCACCCACUAUUCGACAAGUACAGCAAGAGCGAAACAGCGCAUCUUUCUCAUCAUCUAUUUCCUCUUCAACCACCUCUUCUUCAUGUUCCAUUUCUCCUCCUUUCAACGUCAAUGGAACCACCACUUCUUGUUGUUGCAACAGCAGCAGUAGCAACAGCGACAGGUUGAUUCAAGGGCUAACGAAAGAUGCAUGCGCUUCUCACACUUCUUCUUCUUCUUCUUUAACGGAUGAAAGCUCCUCCCAUUCAGUGAGUUAUCUUUGUCAUGAGGAGGAUGAUCACGUGAGGAGGAAUGUUUCUUCAUCUACUAGUACGUCGACUGAUCAUCAUCACUCGGGUCAUUCCGAUUCGUCAUCCUCUCAGAGCAACAACAACAACAACACCUCUUCUUGUCCCAAUCAUGGUUCUCCCAAUCACCACCACAACACACGUCAUUACACCUUCAUAACCUUUGAAGAAUUGAUCAAAAGCACAAAACAACCUCGUAUGAAACCUUCAUCCAUCUCCAAAGCUGAAAUGCUUCGUGUCUUGAGAUUUCCUCAAACAUUGGCUUGUAAAUUCAUUGGAUGCAGUUUGUCCACUCUCAAAAGAAGAUUCUACGAGUUGAAACAUGAAUUUGGAUUAAUGAGAUGGCCUCAAUCACUCUAUGAAAUGAAACAUUUGGAUAUUUAUCCUCAGGUACAUCCCAUGAGUUUGGCGUUUAUUUUGAAUGAAGAAGAAACUUUGAAUAGCGCCUCUGAAUUUGUUCGUAUGAAUCCAACACAAUGA